AUGUCUACAAAUAAUCCUACUCCAGGUCAAGCUACAACAGGCGAGCAGAAUGUGGAAGAUGGGCCAUCUUUAAAUAAUUCGUUCUCGAUAAAUGAGAAAACAGAUGCCCAGACAAUACCCAUUACGCAGGGAUCAUCCGUACCAAGAAGUCAAGGUACUUCAAAUAGUUUCACUACCAAAGAAGAUCAAAUGUCUGAGUUACAAAAGGAAGCUGAUUCUCAGCUGGAAUCAAAACCAAGAAAAGAUUUAUUCUUUGUUUGUCUCUGUUGUAUCAUGGUGUCUUUUGGUGGUUUCAUCUUUGGUUGGGAUACCGGUACAAUCUCUGGUUUCAUUCGUCAAACCGAUUUUAUAAGACGAUUCGGUCAAACAAGAGCCAAUGGAACUCAUUACUUGAGUACAGUGAGAACUGGACUAAUAGUAUCUAUCUUUAAUAUUGGUGCCGCAAUAGGAGGUAUUACUUUAUCAAAAACUGGUGAUAUGUGGGGACGUAGAUUAGGAUUAAUCACAGUGAUUGGUAUAUAUAUCGUCGGUAUUCUUAUCCAGAUUACAUCAUUCAAUAAAUGGUACCAAUAUUUUAUUGGAAGAAUUAUUUCCGGAUUGGGUGUAGGUGGUAUCACUGUCCUUGCACCUAUGUUGAUUUCAGAAGUUGCUCCCAAAAAACUGAGAGGAACUAUGGUUUCAUGCUACCAAUUGAUGAUUACAUUAGGUAUUUUCUUAGGUUACUGUACCAAUUUUGGUACCAAGAAUUAUUCUAACUCUGUUCAAUGGAGAGUUCCGCUAGGGUUAUGUUUUGCUUGGGCGUUAUUCAUGAUUAGUGGUAUGACUUUGGUUCCUGAAUCUCCACGUUAUCUAGUAGAAGUGGGAAAAAUUGCAGAAGCAAGAAGAGGUUUGGCAAGGGUUAACAAAGUUUCAGAAGAUUCUCCACUAGUUCAAUUAGAAUUGGAAAAGUAUGAAUCUUCAGUUGAAGCAGAAAGAUUGGCCGGAAACGCCUCAUGGGGGGAAUUGGUUACUGGUAAACCUGCCAUGUUAAGGAGAACCAUUAUGGGUAUGAUGAUUCAAUCAUUACAACAAUUAACUGGUGCUAAUUACUUUUUCUACUAUGGUACUACAAUUUUCCAAGCAGUUGGAUUAAGUGACUCUUUCGAAACUGCAAUAGUAUUAGGUGUGGUUAAUUUUGUUUCCACUUUUUUUGCUUUAUAUUUUGUAGAUCAUUAUGGUCGUCGUUUAUGUUUGCUAUGGGGUUGUGUUGGUAUGGUGUGCUGUUACGUUGUAUACGCCUCAGUCGGUGUUACAAGAUUACAUCCAAAUGGUAUGAAUAAUCCAACUUCAAAGGGUGCUGGUAACUGUAUGAUUGUUUUUGCUUGUUUCUUUAUCUUCUGUUUUGCAACAACCUGGGCUCCAAUCGCCUAUGUUGUUACGUCAGAGACUUAUCCCUUAAGAGUGAGAGGUAAAGCAAUGUCUAUAGCUUCAGCCUGUAAUUGGAUUUGGGGGUUCUUAAUCUCUUUCUUUACCCCGUUUAUCACCAGUGCCAUCAAUUUUUCUUAUGGAUAUGUGUUUAUGGGGUGCAUGGUGUUUGCCUUCUUCUUCGUUUUCUUCUUUGUUCCUGAAACUAAAGGAUUAACUUUGGAAGAAGUUAACGAAAUGUACGAAGAAGGUGUUUUACCUUGGAAGUCUAGUUCAUGGGUACCACCCUCAAAAAGAACAGCGGAUUAUGAUAUAGAUGCGCUACAACAAGACACUAGACCAUUCUACAAGAAAAUCCUGAAUAGGAAUUAA